CAGAAAGUGGGUGAGUGAGUGAUGAGAGCAGAGUGGAGAAGAAAGAAGAAAGAUGAAGGAGAGGUUGGGGAUGAUGGUGGUGUUAAUGGUAGUGGUGUGUUUGGAAGUAGGAAUGAAUACACUCAACAAAGUUGCCACCACAAGAGGGAUGAGUAACUUCAUCUUUGUUCUGUAUUCUAAUGCCUUGGCUUUACUUUUCCUUCUUCCUUCAACUAUUCUCUAUCACAGACUGAUGCCUCCACCUGUAUUGACGUUUGGUAUUUUCGGUAGAAUUUGUAUAACAGCUCUGCUAAGCUAUGCUGGCCAAACUUUGCAAUACAUAGGCAUCGAGUAUAGCUCUCCAACUUUGGCAUCCGCAAUGGCUGACCUUAUUCCCGCCUUCACAUUCAUAUUUGCGGUCGUCGCCGGGAUGGAAAUAUUAUCAUUGAAGGAACGGAGUAGCUUAGCCAAGUCUAUUGGGACGAUCGUUUUGAUCACAGGGGCUUUUGUGAUUACCUUCUAUAAGGGCCCUCCAUUAUUGCUGUUUCAACACGCAUAUUAUAACUCUCUACUCCCCCAGCAAUCAAACUGGAUCCUCGGAAGCUUUAUCCUCGUCACUUCUAGCCUCUUCAUCUCGAUGUUGUUCCUUGUCCAGGCAUGGAUCUUGAAGGACUACCCCGGGGAGUUAAUGUUAACCGUAAUCACUUGUGCCCUUGUCACUAUACUAUCAGCUAUAGCUGCCAUGAUUGCUGAAAGGAAUGUAAAUGCUUGGAAGCUAAGACCAGAUAUGGAGUUGAUAGCUAUUUGUUACAACGCAAUUAUAAUGGUUGGGUUUCGGAGUGUUGUGUAUGCGUGGGCUGUGAGGAAGAAGGGACCGGUUUUUGUUGCAAUGUUCAUUCCUCUGGGAAUGGUGGCUGCUGUUAUCAUGGGGGUGACUUUUCUUAGAGAUGAUCUUUAUACUGGAAGUGUGAUAGGAGCAAGCAUUAUAGCUCUGGGAUUCUAUACCGUGAUGUGGGGGAAGGCAAUGGAAGUGAAAGAAAACAUUGAAACCAAUAUAGACAAUAGCAAUGAGAAAGUGCCUCUUUUGCCCCCUAAUAAAGGGGAUAGUGUAUAAAACUUUCCUAAAAUAUUUUAAUGUUUCCAUAUAGGUCUACUCUCUACCAGAGUAUUAA